AUGUUCACCCCGCGCAAAUCCCUCCUCACCUUAAUCGGCGUGGUAACAUUAUUCCUGAUCCUCCGCUCAUUCCGAGACCCCGAGAUCCCCGGGGCACCGGGAUACAGACCCGUACCAGGAAUAUCACAAGAAGAAACAGAUAGACGCGCAAACCCGUCACGGAAACUCCCACCCCAGGGCCGGGCCCAACGGCCUCUCGGCGCAUCGCCGAGUGCGCCGCUGAUCGAGCGUCUGCGCUACCAAUUCCCCUACGAACUUGAACUGCGGUUUCCGGCGUAUAUCUGGCAGACAUGGAAGAACGAUCCGAGCUCGUACUGGUUCCCGGAGGAUCUACGGGGUCUGGAGGCUUCAUGGACAGAGAUGCAUCCCAAAUUUACGCAUGAGGUUAUCGCGGAUGAAAAUCAGCGCCAUCUUAUUCAAUACCUCUUUGGCUCGGUGCCUGAUGUUUUUGAGGCGUAUGAUUCUCUCCCGCUGGGCGUUAUGAAGGCGGAUUUCUUUCGGUAUCUGGUUCUGCUCGCGCGUGGUGGUAUCUACAGUGAUAUCGAUACCUCGGCAUUGAAGCCUGCCCAUUCGUGGCUUCCGGAGGAACUUGACCGAUCGACUAUUGGGUUCAUUGUUGGUAUUGAGGCUGAUCCUGAUCGCGACGACUGGCAUGAAUGGUACUCCCGCCGUCUUCAGUUCUGUCAGUGGACUAUUGUGUCUAAGCCUGGGCAUCCUAUUCUUCGUGAUAUGGUGGCUACUAUUACCGAACAAGCGCUACGUAUGAAGAGGGCUGGUAUUCUCAAGGUUGGGCAUAUGGAUAAGACUAUUAUGGAGUUCACUGGGCCUGGUGCCUGGACCGAUGCUGUUUUCCGGUAUUUCAAUAACCCGUCUUAUUUCAAUAUCCAGCCUGGUGAUAAGAACAUCACAUAUGAGGACUUUAGUCGCCAGACUACCCACCGCAAGGUUGGUGAUGUCAUUGUCUUGCCUAUCACUAGCUUUAGUCCUGGUGUUGGACAAAUGGGUGCUGGAGAUACGGAUGAUGCCAUGGCUUUUGUGAAGCAUAACUUCGAGGGUACAUGGAAGACAGAUCCAUCUCUAUGA